UAUGCGGCUCGGUGCGGCGGUGGGAGCCAUAACCACCGGGAAAGAUGUAAACGGAGUAGCCGGCUGAGACCUGUCACGAUAAAGAAAGCGUCACAUUAGCACCGGGGACCGCCUGCCUUCCGUUAAGACGGCCAGCGCUCGCCUACGGAGGCGGCGAGUCGGGUUUUACCCUCGAAAGUAACGGAGCGAAACUGCCCCGAGCAGCCAUCUUUUUGCGAGAGAAUGGACGGGGCGACACGGCGGGCCUGUCGCGGCUUUUGCCGGAGCUCGAGCCGCGGCGUGACGGACAGCGGCUCCCGCGGCUCGAUGCUGACGACGGCUCUCCUCCUCUGCGCCGUCGGGCUGCUGUCGGGGCUGCCCGGCUUCGCCGAGGGCAAAGAGUGCGACAAGCCCUGUAUGAAUGGGCAAUGCAACGCCGCGACUGGCAACUGUUUAUGCUUCCCAGGUUGGGUCGGGGACCAGUGCCAGCACUGCGGAGGGAGAUUCAGGUUGACGGGGCCCUCUGGAUAUCUGACCGACGGGCCAGGGAACUACAAGUACAAGACCAAAUGCACCUGGCUCAUCGAGGGACAGCCCAACACUGUCCUUCGACUGCGGUUCAACCAUUUUGCCACUGAGUGCAGCUGGGACCACCUAUAUGUGUAUGACGGAGACUCAAUUUAUGCCCCCCUCCUGGCAGCUUUCAGUGGUCUUAUAGUUCCUGAGCGUUAUGGAAAUGAAACAGUUCCUGAGGUGACGUCCCACUCCGGCUAUGCCUUGCUGCACUUCUUCAGUGAUGCCGCUUACAACCUGACAGGCUUCAACAUCUCUUAUAGGGUGAGCGCAUGUCCCAACGACUGCUCGGGUCGGGGUGAAUGUCGGUUGGAGAACUCGACAGGCUCUGUUUACUGUGAGUGUGAGGCCAACUGGAAAGGGGAAGCCUGUGACAUCCCCUUCUGCCAAGCCAACUGCAGCUUCCCAGAGAGAGGCCACUGCCAGGCCAGCACCAAGACCUGUGUCUGCAAGGCUGCAUGGCAAGGUCCAGACUGCUCUGUCUCCGUGCCUGCCAACUCCUCCUUCUGGAGCAGGGAGGAGUACAUUGAGGCUGGGCUGGCCAGGGCCUCCCACAAAGCUGUGGUGGACCAGGACAUCAUGUGGGUCAUCGGAGGCUACGUCUUCAACGCUUCCGACUACCACAUGGUCAAAGCGUUUAACCUCAGCUCGAGGAGCUGGCUACCCCUCGACCCCGCUGUCAACUCUGUCGUCCCACGAUACGGCCACUCGCUGGCGCUACACGAGGGGAAGAUCUACAUGUAUGGGGGAAAGAUUGAUUCCACAGGCAAUGUGUCCAGCCAGCUGUGGGUAUUCCAUAUUCAAUACCAGACCUGGGUCCUCCUUAGUCCGCGGGCCAAGGAGCAGUACGCCGUAGUGGGCCACUCGGCCCACAUCGUACCCCCCCUCCAGGACGAGGACAGUCCAGUCAUGCUGGUCCUGUUUGGACACUGUCCUCUCUAUGGAUACAUCAGCCAGGUUCAGGAGUACAACAUUGCCAAGAAGACGUGGAGUGCGGUCAGCACAGACGGCGCACUGGUCCAGGGAGGCUAUGGCCACAGCAGCGUGUUUGACCCCGGCACCAGAGCAAUCUACAUCCAUGGAGGGUAUAAGGCUUUCAGCGCCAACAAGUACGGCCUUGCGGGGGACCUGUACAAAUACGAGGUGGAUAAGAGAAAAUGGACCAUUCUGAGAGACAGUGGCUUCUUCCGCUACCUCCACACAGCGGUGAUCGUGAGCGGAACCAUGCUAGUGUUUGGGGGGAACACGCACAAUGAUACUUCCAUGAGCCACGGGGCCAAGUGCUUCUCCUCCGACUUCAUGUCCUACAACCUGGCAUGUGACGAGUGGACAGUUCUUCCCAGACCAGACCUCCACCACGAUGUGAACCGAUUUGGCCACUCUGCAGUCUUCAGUGACGGAAUGGUGUACAUGUUCGGGGGCUUCAACAGCCUGCUGCUGAGCGACAUGUUGGUGUACACCUCUCCCAGCUGCUUUGCCUUCUCGAGCCCGGCCUCCUGCAGCCAGGCCUGGCCUGGGAUUCAUUGCCAGUGGAAUGCAACCAAGGGCUCCUGCGAGCCCUGGGAGAGCGGCCCCGGUGUACCACAGGACCAGCAGCAGCUCCUGGCCUCCUGUAAAACCAGAUCGUAUGCUGAUAAUGAGAGGUGCGACCAGUAUACAGACUGCUACAGCUGUACCGCCAACACCAACGGCUGCCAGUGGUGUUCCCUCCAAUGUGUGUCUCUGGGAAGCAACUGUACUUCUGCCACGGGGGCCAUUACCGAGUACGACGUUUGCCCCAAAGACAACCCCUCCUAUGUGUGCAACAAGAAGACAAGCUGCAAGAGCUGUGCCGUGGACCAAAACUGCCAGUGGGAACCCCGCAACCAGGAGUGUAUCUCGCUACCUGAGAACAUCUGUGGUGAGAGCUGGCACCUGGUUGGCAACUCCUGUCUGAAGUUUAUCACUGCAAAGGAUUCAUAUGACAACGCCAAGCUUGCCUGCAGGAGUCACAAUGCUGUCCUGGCCUCACUGACCACGCAGAAGAAGGUGGACUUUGUUGUGAAGGAGCUGCAGAUUAUGAGUGUGGUGUACAAGGCCACAAUCACACCCUGGGUGGGGCUCAGGAAGAUCAACGUGUCCUACUGGUGCUGGGAGGACAUGUCACCUUUCACGAACACCACCCUGCAGUGGCUGCCCGGCGAGCCAAGCGACGCCGGCUUCUGCGGCUACCUGGCUGAGCCUGCCUCCAGCGGCCUGAAGGCCCAGACCUGCAUCAGCCCGGUCAACGGCAGCAUGUGUGAACGCCCAGCCAACCACAGCGCCAAGCAGUGUCGCACACCCUGCGCCAUGCGCGCCACCUGCAGCGAGUGCACCAGCAGCAGCUCCGAAUGCAUGUGGUGCAGCAAUAUGAAGCAGUGCGUGGACUCCAAUGCCUACGUGGCCUCUUUCCCCUUCGGACAGUGUAUGGAAUGGUACACCAUGAACAGUUGUCCACCAGAGAACUGUUCCGGCUACAGAACCUGCAACCAGUGUUUGGACCAGCCAGGCUGCGGGUGGUGCACCGACCCCAGCAACACGGGGAAGGGUCAGUGCAUUGAGGGCUCGUACAGGGGGCCCUUCCAGACCUCUGUCCCCGCACCCUCCACCUUACCCGGCCCGCCCUCCAGCCCCCAGCCAGCCCUCAAUGCCAGCAUGUGCCCCGGCGAAGCCAAGUACAACUGGUCCUUCAUCCACUGUCCAGCAUGCCAGUGUAACGGCCAUAGCCAGUGUGUCAACGAGAGCGUGUGUGAGAAAUGCGAGGACCUGACGACGGGGCGACACUGCGAGAGCUGCGUCUCCGGUUUCUAUGGCGACCCCACCAACGGGGGCAGCUGCCAGCCCUGCAAGUGUAACGGGCAUGCCAGCAUGUGCAACCCAAACAAUGGCAAGUGCUUCUGCACCACCAAGGGCAUUAAAGGCGACCGCUGCCACCUGUGCGAAGUGGAGAACCGUUACCAAGGCAACCCCCUCAAAGGGACCUGCUACUACACACUCCUCAUUGACUACCAGUUCACCUUCAGCCUGUCACAGGAGGACGACCGCUACUACACCGCCAUCAACUUUGUGGCCACGCCUGAGGAGCCAAACCGGGAUCUGGACGUGUUCAUCAAUGCCUCCAAGAACUUCAACCUGAACAUCACCUGGGCCACUAGCUUCACUGCAGGUACCCAGACCGGGGAGGAGAUCCCCAUCGUGUGCAGGAGCAACAUCAAGGAGUUCAGGGACAGCUUCUCCAACGAGAACUUUGACUUCCGCAACAACCCCAACAUCACCUUCUUUGUCUAUAUCAGUAACUUUACCUGGCCCAUUAAGAUCCAAAUUGCCUUCUCCCAGCAUAGUAACUUCAUGGAUCUGGUGCAGUUCUUUGUCACGUUCUUCAGCUGCUUCCUGUCUCUGUUGCUGGUGGCCGCCGUGGUCUGGAAGAUAAAACAGAGCUGCUGGGCAUCGCGGCGACGAGAGCAACUGCUGAGGGAGAUGCAGCAGAUGGCCAGCCGGCCUUUCGCCACCGUCAACGUCGCCUUGGAGACGGACGAGGAGCCGCCCGACCUGAUUGGAGGAAACAUCAAGACCGUCCCCAAGCCCAUCGCCCUCGAGCCCUGUUUUGGCAACAAGGCGGCCGUGCUCUCCAUCUUCGUGCGGUUACCCAGGGGCAGUGGGGGCAUACCGCCUCCGGGACAGUCCGGUCUCACCGUGGCCAGUGCCCUGGUGGACGUCUCCCAGCAGAUGUGCAUGGGCUACAAGGAGCGGUCAGGCGGCCUGAGGAACCGCAAGCAGCAGCCCAGCGCACAGCCAGCCACCUGCAUCUGACCACGCCCGUCGACGAACACCGCUCCCCCACUCCCUUCGCCUUCCUCUACCCUCAGCUUUGACCCCCCUCACUCAGAGACGCCCUCCUCCACCCUCCAAACCCCCCACUGCUCCUCAGGUGCAGGUGCAUGCUGUUAUAGUGGGACAGUACUGGAGCGCAAAGCGAGGGAGGUGGGGAGGGGUUGUCCUCCUUCCCUUCUUCCCAGUGGAACUACUGUGUCCCUACAUCUGUCUGGCAGAGACUGGAAACUGGGGGAAGGUGUGUGUAUGUAGAGGGGAGGGGGGUACACACUACCCCUCCCAAAAGAGGAAAAAAAAAAACAUUGACAUUUGUCCGACACUGCCUCAUUAGCGUAGAGGCGGCCACGGCUUGCUGCUAGAAGAGAUCGUCAUCUCGUAGAUUUCGACGAAUCAAGAGACACUGCAAAUCCCCUUCUUCGAUCAUUGAUGUUGUACUUAAGUUAUUUGUUUUUGUUUUUUCUUCCUUUUUUAUGAUGUCAGGGACAGACAGAAUACAGUCUAAUUCGUUCGACUGUGCACACAAGCACAGGACUGACACUCUUUUGCGCAGCCGUACACUAACACUCAAACCGAUUUUCCCUCUCAUUUCAAGUCUCCCAAACCCCGUACCCAUUUGUAGCCCACCGUCGCCUGCUGUCGACCAGCGCCAUAUUCGCGGCUCCCAGGCCAAGGACGGUGUCGCCAGAGCCCUGUACAGUCUGGCCCUGGAGCUAGCUAGCAACAUGUUCGGUCUUCCUUUAAUGAGACUUCACAGUCUGCAGACAAGCUCCAUCUAAAGGGUCUGUAACAUUUCUAAUAUGCCUCUACGUGUCGCCUACAUGCCCUCUUUCUCAGCUUCGCCUCUGUCUCCUCUACAGCCUGCCCGGAGUUUUGUCUCUCAGCCUCUGUCUGUCUCUCUCCCCACGUGGCAGGCUGUCUUUCCAGCCCCCUCCAUCGUUGGGAGAUAGAGGCUGUGUGCGAAACGGACCAUGCGGGACCUCAGAAAUGGCAUAUCUGCAUAGGCUGGAUAGUAACCCAGUGUCGAUUGAAACGUUUUCCAGCAAAUUACACUUCCAGCAGCAAAAACAAACCAAGGCAUGCUUUCAAAGCACACACAGACACACACACACACACAGUAGAGAGUUGGUAGUGGAGAAAUUUCGGCAGUCCACCGUGCUGCACCGGUGCUUUGGGCUCAUGUGGAGCUCGCUUCCUGUAGAUUUUGCUAGCUGUGAUUGACUGGGGUGAUUAGGCUGAUCUGCAUGAGGGGAGCCAGCCCGCGGUUCAAGGGAUGGUUGGGAGUUGUUGGGCGCUUCAGGAUUGGAACCUCUGUCGUCGCUACCCGAGAAAUCCAUGGCCUCUAAUUGCCGCUCCCACACAAUGCAUUCCCACCCCAAAGAGCUGUUCGAUUGCGAUUGUUCCUCGUCCCUUGACUAUCUGAAGAUGCCAAAUUGGCUUCGGCAACUGUGACAUCUGUGUUCCCGAUUGUUACACGAACAGCGGAGCCACUAACACUGACAUUCAAACGGCAGCGGGGUGAUCACCCGGAACAUGGACGUGCACCCGGACGCCGGAGGAACGCAUGGCCGCCAUGUUGAUGGGUCAAAGGGGAGUUCUUUUCUACCCAUAUUGGCGGCUUCGUUAAAACAGCGCAGUCUAAUUGACCGAACACUGCUCCCCCUAUGGUCAGCCUCGGAUAUUGAUUUAAAAAAAAUAUAUAUACUUGGACUACUUGUUGGAAUUAUCUCGAAAUUCUCUGACCGCUUUCCCAGGGCUUCCUUCUUUCUGUGUGUGAGUUUUCCUCUUUGGUAUCAGUUUAACCUACCCGCUCCGUAAUCCUUAUCUUAAAUCUCUGGUCCUUUUUUUUUUUUUUGAAGUGAGGUUACCUCAUUUGUCGGGGGUGGGAAAAAGCAGAAUAAAAACCUCGCAGCAAACAGACAAACAGGAAAAAAGGAAGAACCGAAGCUGCUUCUUCACAUCAUGAGCUGCUCAUUCGAAACUGGAAGAAGUGAUUUUCUGUUUUGUCAGGGCGGCAAAAUUAUAGAGCGCCAUCAGGAAAAAGAAGUUAGUUCUACUUUUUCACUCCAUGUGCGGCUUGUCGUAGCAGACUUGUACUGCGCCUUUGCCCCUUGUGUAACGUGCCUUUUGAAGACCGGGUUGUGUUUGGAUGCGGGAUGAUUUAUAGCCGGACUGUGUUUUUACAGCUGAUGUUAAAAUCCACCUCCGGUUUCCAACUAUUCCUAAACCAGAAUUCAGAUUGCUUUCUAAGAUGGGUGGCAGAAGGUCUGGCUUGUUACGUGUCCACGUGUAAACUGACAUUCCCAUUUUUGUGUAUGUGUGUUACUGUCCUGGCCUGUUCGAUUUGUGCACACUUCCUGAUUGGAUUUAUCCAUUUAAGCUUAUUUUUAUUGACGUCACUGUUGUGUGUAGAUUGGAGAUGGAAUUUUAUUAAUGUUAUUGUUUAUAAUGUGUCUGACCACCCUUGUAAUGUGUCUGACCACCCUCCGGAGGGAGUUGGGUAAAUUCACAUCUGAAUUUUGUGCACUUUUUGGUAUAUCCAAACACAAUCUAAUCUCCCAAGGUGCACGUUAAUGCCAAGUAGCAAGGGCCAUGUACUACUCCUUCUGCAGGCCUUUAAUGGAAGGCAGUCAUAUGCUACCUUGGCCUGUUUCGCGAGCCUGGGACUGUUAUUAACUCUCCACCCUCACGGAGGAAAUGGAACAAUUUACCCAACCCCGUGAAGAGCUUGUCAUAUUUCCUUCCGAGUUUUCGCUUGAGCUCAACAUACUAGAACCGCUCGUUGUCUGGUUAAAGGGCACACUUUUAGCACCAGGAAAAGGUCAGAGCAGAAAGCAUGAACAAAGUUGACAUUCAGUUAUUAUAGCGGCACCGGAUGUCUGCCCGCGUUCAGAACUCCCUUCGACAACCACUCCUGGCAGUGGCGGCGGACGACAGAAUCGGAGUCACUUUGCGUCCUCCUUACCCCCUGUCACACGCGUUUCCUUUAUAUCCUGUACAGAGGCUCUCCGUUUCGCUGACAUCUUGAAUUGUGCUGCACCUAGCGAGAAGUCGGGGUGGGAAAUCGCCGCCAGCCACCAGCCGACUGCCUGUAAGUUCAGAUUGUUGGCUGGUUGGUUCAACCUUUAGCACGUUGCCAACCAUCUUUUUUGGAGAUGCUGUUUGACUGUGUUAAACCAGAUAUUUGGGGAACAUUUGGGGAUGUAUGAACACACAUUUCUCACUCUGUUGAGGAUUAUAACACUAAACAUUUCCUGGAACAAAAGUCUGCUUGGAGAUCGCGUCCGGGUCACUUGGCCUUUACAACCACCUGUGAGCAUUUUGAUUUCAUCUGCUGGAGUACCACAUGGGUGGAGCUAGACAGAGGAUAGCACUGACUGUUCUGAUGUUCAGGCCGUCCCAGGCCAGUAUUUGAAAAUCAGUUCAUUGCACUUUUCCUGUGAUUGACAGCUUACACGACACUACUUGAAACAACCUGAAGCAGUAACCCUGGCACUCCAAACAGGAUAAAACAAACACCCAAGAAUUAAAUACAAGUCCCAUUUGAUCCAAGCGUGGUGGGAAUCUGGAGCGAAGCAAGCAAGCACCCAUUUCAUCCUCACGUCUUUAACCAUGACUUGAAAAAUGUGAAACCCAUCGUCAAAAAGCCGCUGGUUCAGUUCUUGCACCAGACAGUGUCAUGUUGGAUCGUAUGUACAAUAAGAAACCAAAUCCGCAUUUACUGAGUUGCAGUGAAGUUGUUCGGGGGGGGGGGGUGCAGCUUUGAGAUCAGAGCGCAGAUCAGGUGCCAUUUUUUAAAUUGUUCCUUAUUUAUUUUGGUGAGAAAUUGCACCUGAUAUUCAUCUCAGUCCUCUGAAAUGUUGCUGUUCUACGGAGGGGGCUCAAGUCGGCUCGUAAUCUUAGUAAUAUCUUAUUGCCGACUCUCACCUGGAUGCCAGCAGUCAUUCUGUUGGGAGUAGGCGUCAUAAUUUUUCAAAUGGCCGUUCUCUCACUUUGA